AUGAAGUUCCUAACGACCAACUUUCUCAAGUGCUCCGUGCCCGCGUGCGACGGCAGCAACGACAACUUUCCGCUGCGCUACAUCGGUGACAAGUGCCAGCUGCAGCAGGACAGUUCCAUCGAAUUCAACCCAGACUUCCUGUUGCGCAUUCUUGACCGCGUGCAGUGGGAUGCGAUAGUCAUGGUUGCCGCAGACCUCGGCAACAGCUCGAUUCCUGCUCAGCGGCCCAGCUUUCCUGCCACUGCGGCGGAGCUUUCGGAGGACGAUGCUGCCAUUCUACGUGAUAUACAUGUGCUACUACUUCAGACGAGCAUCAUCGAAGGGGAAAUGCAGUGCCGCAACUGUGGCCACACAUACUACAUCAAGAACAGCAUCCCCAACCUCCUGUUACCACCGCAUCUCGCUUAG